AUGAGUAAAGAGCCUGGUGACGGUAUUGCGCCUCGUGUCUGGCAAGCAUGUGUUACUUGUCGGCGCAAAAAGAUAAAAUGCGACGGAAAUAACCCUUGUCAUAACUGCGACUCCCGUCAUCUCACGUGUGAGUACCCUGGAAGCAACGACAAUGCUUCUAGCAGUCGCAGCUAUGCUACCCUGUUCGAGGCUCGCUUCCAACAGCUCGAUACCUUGUGCCAGAGGCUUGAAGCUGUCACGUCUCAGCUCACUCACGCCAUUGAGAAGCUGCCCAGUGAGGUCCAACUUUCACCUCGAGGAUCCGCCGCCACGGAACUUGAGCAUGUCUCUCAGCAUCUGCAAUCGCUCCUCGAUCCUAUAGACUCGGGAGCAGGGUCGGGCGCGUCCCAUACCGAGUUUGCGCCAUCUGAACAGGAACGUGACCCCGAUUACCGCAAUGCAUCCCAUCAUCCGAGUCCCGACCCAGAGAUUGAGGUCGACCUUUCCGAUGAGUCUGUCGACUUGACCCUUCGGCAUGACUCGAACCUUGAGACCUUUGGGUCGCUGGUUCCUGACUCCUACGGGAAGCUAAGGUUCAUUGGCGGUGCCAGCAACCAGCUCCUCGUCAAGUCAAUCCAGAGUCUAGCUACUGAUAAUCCUCAAAAAGACUCAGACCCCGACACUUUUGUCACAAGUAUGCGACAUGGACCAGGUCAGAGGGAUGGUAACCCUUCAGUCGAAGUUCCUCUGUUCAUCCAAGGCCUCAAAUGGCGCGAACUGCCCUACCUACCAAAACCCGAGGAUCUAAACCUACCCCCGCGAUACAUUGCUGACAUGCUCAUUGGACUCUACUUUGACCAACUGCACUACACAUUCCCAGUCUUGUUCAAACCUCACUUCAUGGAUCGAUACACCCGUUUAUACGUUACCCAAAAGCAGACCCCCCGGGACCGGGAGUUCCUCUCCGUCUUCUUUGCAGUCUGUGCAUGUGCGUCAGGCCUCAUUGCUUCCGGAAACCAGUCGGCCUUCCCCGGCUUGGAGUUUUACGAGAAGGCUCUACUGCUUCAUUUCUCAACCAUCGGCCAGGCAAGUGUGGAACGGACGCAGUGUCUAGCACUCGUGUCAAUGUGCUGCUCUGGGUGGAAUACUCUGUCAUCGAGUUGGCACUUUGCUGGGCAAGCCGUAAGGGCUGCCCAGGAUCUCGGAAUGCAUCUCAGCAACCUCACGGCGCCAUCUCAAACCUCAAGAGAUCCAGGGGCAUCUUUGCUGGAAGCCGAGGUGUCUCGACGAGUUUGGUGGAGCGUGUACUGCCUCGACAGAGUCACGUCCGUCUGCCUAGGACGGCCAAUGGCUGCUAACGAUGGUGAUUGCUCCUGUGCCUUGCCGCGAUCUACCUCCGACGAGGAACUAGAAGCCACAUGCACCCGUCCAGAGGGUCUUGAUGAGCAGCCGGUGUCGUCUAAAUCACCUUUAUCGGGCUUCCUAGCAUUUAUUCAGCUAUGCCAGAUAUCCAGUAGGAUCCAGGACCUCCAGGCGCCGGCCAGAAUAGCAAACCUCGGCUCGCCACAAGGCAGAAGGCGGAUGGUAAAGUUGACCAAGCACAUUGAGAAAUCUCUGGACGAAUGGCUCGAUGGCUUACCGGAUGAGAUUCGUUUCUCUGCCAACACCCUCAAUCGAGGACCAGCCUUGACAAUGUCCAUUCUUAUCUUCGUCAUCCAUGCAGGGUCUCUCCUCAAUUUGUACAGAACCUUCUCCAACGAUAAGCAGCCCUUCAGUGAACUCGACCCCGCGAAGAACUGUAUUAGUGCCGCCCGUAGCUGUAUCAACGCCGCCGAGCUGGUACGGGACUUUGUUCCGCCAUCACACUACUUGGCGUUGUCUGUACACUGCCUAACGAUAUCUGGUUUGGCCCUAUUAUGGAUGCAAGAUCCAUCCCCUGAAAAGCCUGACCCAGACGUGGAGAAGUGUGUUCGAUUUCUACACGAUUUGGAGGGGGCAUGUUCUGGGGCAUCCAAGGGGAGGGCAAUAAUUGAGCAGACACUGGGGAAUAUGACAAGAAACCGACAAGGUUCUUCACUCGAUCUAGAUCUUCAGUUUUCAGCCAUGCUUCACAGCCAGAUGCCCGACUUGUUCAGCUUGGAGUCAUCUAUGACAGGGGGCGCAAACUUCUGGGGCACACUGUAA